AUGAGCAAAUCGGACGUGCUCGACACUUUCCCAACUUCCUUGGAGGACUCCAAGAUAGAAAGUGGGAAGAGAAUAAAGCCCCAGAGGUGGUGGACGCUCGGUGGGAAGGAUAUCAGCCAUGUUGCCGUCGAUGUCGACAGUACGGUCGAUUCGGAAACUACAUCCAUUGACCUUUCGGACGGCUCGCAUGUGGUCAAGAAUGAGAAUAAUGUGUUCACCGCUCCAGAAGCGGCCGAGCUGUACAAACCAGUCGAGGGCUUUGAGGGUACCCAUCGUUUCGAUAUCCACGCGACAUGGACCCAGGCGGAGGAGAAGAUUUUGGUCCGAAAGCUCGACUGGCGCAUUGCUCUUCCAGCAUGUAUUAUGUUCUUCGCACUCCAACUUGAUCGCGGCAACAUCACUCAAGCACUUUCCGACGACAUGCUCAAUGACCUCGAACUUACCACCAACGACUACAACAACGGCAUGACCAUCUUUUACUGUUCAUUUCUGUUCGCGGAGCUUCCAUCCCAGCUCAUUAGCAAGAAGCUUGGCCCCGACACUUGGAUCCCAAUACAGAUGGUAUCAUGGAGCAUCGUCGCGGCGUCUCAAGCGGCCUUGUCAGGUAGAACGAGCUUUUACAUUUGCCGCUUCCUCCUCGGCCUCAUUGAAGGUGGCUUCAUUCCCGACACUAUUCUUUAUUUGAGCUACUUCUACAAGAACGCGGAACUGCCCAAACGACUUAGUUGGUUCUGGACGUCGUACCAAUCCACCCAAGUCGUUGGAGCUUUUCUAGCCUACGGGAUCCUUCACCUUAGAGGGGACGGUGGAUUGAAAGAAGGGUGGCGAUACCUUUUCGCCAUCGAAGGCUCCCUUACUGGUUUGAUUGGAAUUUUUACCUGGCUGUACCUACCCGCAUCACCCACUCAAACGGCCCGUCGCGGUGUCAAAGGUCUCCUGCGACCGAAACAGGGCUGGUUUACUGAACGCGAAGAGACCAUCAUGGUCACCCGUAUUCUUCGUGAUGACCCGGGUAAAUCCACCAUGCACAAUCGUCAGGGCCUCAGCUUCCAGCUCUUUGUGGAUUCCCUUACUGACUACGACAUGUGGCCCAUCUAUAUCAUUGGUCUUUCAUGGACCAUUCCCCACACUCCUCCGCAAGCCUACAUUACCUUGACCUGCAAAGCCUUGGGCUUCAACACCUUCCAAACCAACCUGCUCACCAUUCCAGCCUAUGUCCUCUUCAUCCUCCAGCUGCUGUUCUGGACCUGGGUCUCAGAGAAGAUCAACCAGAGACUGCUCCUGGGCGUGAUCUCGCAAAUAUGGGCUUUGCCUCUUCUCAUCGCCUUGGUGGCCCUCCCCCCCAUAUUCGACAACUCUGAUUGGGUGAAAUGGGUUCUGUCGACCCUCUUGGUCGGCUUUCCCUAUAUCCACGCCAUACUUGUCGCUCUUACGUCUCGGAAUUCGGGGACAGUACGGACACGAACUGUUGGCUCCUCACUUUAUAACAUGGCUGUUCAAACGUCCAACAUCAUUGCAUCUCAAAUCUAUCGCAAUGACGACAAGCCAUACUACUACCGAGGCAACAAAGUCUUGUUGGGCAUUCUCGCGUGGAACAUCGUAGCAUUUGUUGCUGCCAAGGUGUAUUACGUCCGCAAAAAUGCGCAGAGAGAUAAAAUCUGGUAUUCCAUGACCAGAGAAGAGAGAGUCAAUUACCUAGCCACCACCAAGGAUAAGGGAAAUAAAAGAUUGGAUUUUAGAUUUGCUUCUUGA